AUGCCAGUAGUCAAUCAUGAGGAUAGCGAAUUCCAUCUCUCGCACACAGAGGAGGACAAGUUAAACGAGUUCCAGGUCAUCACGAAUUUCCCCCCAGAGGACUUGCCGGAUGUGGUGAGACUGUUGAGGAACCAUGGUUGGCAGUUAGAACCAGCAUUGAGCCGAUACUUCGAUGGAGAGUGGAGAGGCGGACCUGAGGAGACGGUGGGAGAGUCCACUCCAACGACACCCAUGGCAGACACCUUGGCUCCACCCGCGUUGGGCCCUAGGCCCUUGCCAUUCACGACCUCGCUGCCCGUAGUCAGACCAUUGCCAGCAAACUUCCGCCACGAUUUCAGAACCGUUGGGCUGAACGGACGCUCCAACACUGUGUGGUCCAUGUUUGACUCUUUCAGUUAUGAUGGCAACCCCCUUCUUUUUGUUUUACUGUUGAUCCCUAGGAUAAUCAAUAGGUUGUCUGCCACAAUAUUCACGUUCUUUUGCACCCUAUUGUCCCUGCAUUCCAUAGGUGGUGGCGGUAAUUCAGCAAAGCCGAAGAUCUCCAAGAUUCCAAAGGCGCCAACCAGAGAAACACAUAUUCCGUUGGCUGAAAUACUAGGCGACAUGAAGGACAAGGAUGCAUUGUGCCAGCUAAAAAGCUUCAAGCCAGAUAUUUCCUUCAAUGAGGCCUUGCGUAUCGCAAAGGAGGAGUUUAAGUUUAUGUUGCUCAUCCUAGUUGGUGACACCUACGACACCGAUACAGAAGCCAUCGAUGUUAAUUCUAAGCUGCUUUUGGAGAAGAUUUUGUUAAACAAAAAGACUUUACAGUACUUGCGCAAGAUUGAUGACGACCUGAUCAUUUACUUGAAGUGCGUUCACGAGUUAGAACCUUGGUUAAUUGCUCAGCAACUAGGUGUCAGAAACACGCCGGAAAUCUUUCUCGUUGCCAACGUGGCUAACACGACUUCCCGUUCAGAGACUCUGCCCUCACAAAGACUCUCUAUUCUCGGCAAGUUGAAGAUUAAUUCAUUGAACAGAUUCUUGCAGUCGUUAACAAACGUGGUAGAAAAGUACACUCCGGAAUUAGUUGUUAACAAAACCGAAAUGCACGAGCUACGCAUGUCAAGAGAAAUUAAAAAACUGCAGGAAGAUGCAUACAAGAAGUCUCUAGAAAUGGACAGAAUCAAAGCUAUAGAGAAGGAAAAAAGCUUGAAACGCGCCCAGGACUUGAAAUUAAACUCGACUGCUCAACAAUUAAACUGGCUAAAGGCUUGCAUCGAUGAACUCCAGCCGUUGGCGGUAGCGGGGAAGCAAGCUACUCUGCAAUUCAGGACCUCCAGUGGCAAAAGAUUCGUCAAGAAGUUCCCCUCCAUGGCUACACUUUAUCAAAUCUACCAAUCCAUCGGGUGUCACAUAUACCUCGAGGUAUACUCUAGUGACCCUGCGGAAUGGUCUAACGCCCUUCAAGAGAAAAUUAGGCAGUUGUCUGCAGACGAUAACGUGCUCUGCUUCAAAGAAGGACAAUUCGAGACGGGUACUGCUACUACUGUCGAAGAGCUCGGCGACAUCAUCAACAACGAGCUUAUUUCUUUUGACCUCGAACAAGGUAAGCUCGAAUUCAAUUUUGAAUUGGUAUCUCCUUUCCCUAAGUAUACUGUGCAUCCUGACGAACGGAUGUCGGUGGACCAAGUGCCCCAGCUAUGGCCAAAUGGCAGCCUCUUAGUGGAAGCUCUCGUUGAAGAAGAUGAAGAAAAUGAAGAACAAUGA